CCCUUUCCACCUCUCCUUUCCUCACAUUGACGGUAUUCCUUACCUUCUUAAGACCUCUUCUUCUUUCUGUUCCAAGGACUCCAAUUCUACUCUCUUUUAAUCUCUAUUUUUUCCGAUCUCUUUGUGUAAUUCUUCUCUUCAAUUAGAUCUGCGAAAGAGAAGCCAUGGCGAAGGCCGAUGGUCCGGCGAUCGGGAUCGAUCUUGGGACGACCUAUUCAUGCGUCGGCGUAUGGCAGCACGAUAGGGUGGAGAUCAUCGCCAAUGACCAAGGGAACCGCACCACCCCGUCCUACGUCGCGUUCACCGACACCGAGAGGCUCAUCGGCGAUGCGGCCAAGAACCAGGUCGCUAUGAACCCCACUAACACCGUCUUCGAUGCAAAGAGAUUGAUUGGCAGACGAUUCAGUGACCCCUCUGUCCAGAGUGACAUGAAGCUAUGGCCAUUCAAGGUCAUUGCAGGCCCUGGUGACAAGCCCAUGAUUGGGGUCCAGUACAAGGGCGAGGAGAAGCAGUUCUCUGCAGAGGAGAUUUCAUCCAUGGUCCUCAUGAAGAUGAAAGAGAUUGCUGAAGCCUACCUUGGUUCUACUAUUAAGAACGCAGUUGUUACAGUCCCUGCCUACUUCAACGACUCCCAGCGUCAGGCCACCAAAGAUGCUGGUGUCAUUUCUGGCCUCAAUGUUAUGCGAAUUAUCAAUGAGCCAACCGCUGCUGCUAUUGCCUAUGGUCUUGACAAGAAGGCUGGCAGCUCUAGCGAGAAGAAUGUUCUUAUCUUCGACCUUGGUGGUGGCACCUUUGAUGUCUCUCUUCUCACCAUUGAAGAAGGUAUCUUUGAGGUGAAGGCGACUGCUGGUGACACCCACCUUGGUGGUGAGGACUUUGACAACCGGAUGGUCAACCAUUUUGUUCAGGAGUUCAAGAGGAAGCACAAGAAGGACAUUAGUGGCAACCCCCGGGCCCUGAGGAGAUUGAGGACAGCUUGUGAGAGAGCGAAGAGGACACUCUCUUCGACUGCCCAGACCACCAUUGAGAUUGAUUCCCUGUAUGAGGGUAUUGAUUUCUACUCCCCCAUCACCCGUGCCAGAUUUGAGGAGCUCAACAUGGACCUGUUCAGAAAGUGCAUGGAGCCCGUGGAGAAGUGCCUGAGAGAUGCCAAGAUGGACAAGAGCAGUAUCCAUGAUGUCGUCCUUGUCGGUGGAUCGACCAGAAUUCCCAAGGUGCAGCAGCUUCUUCAGGACUUCUUUAAUGGGAAGGAGCUCUGCAAGAGCAUCAACCCUGAUGAGGCUGUUGCCUAUGGCGCUGCUGUCCAAGCUGCCAUCUUGAGCGGUGAGGGCAAUGAGAAGGUCCAGGACUUGCUUUUGCUGGAUGUGACCCCUCUCUCUCUUGGUUUGGAGACUGCAGGAGGGGUGAUGACUGUCUUGAUUCCAAGGAACACUACCAUUCCAACCAAGAAGGAGCAGGUCUUCUCCACCUACUCCGACAACCAGCCCGGUGUCUUGAUUCAGGUAUAUGAGGGUGAGAGAACCAGGACGAGGGACAACAACCUUCUUGGUAAAUUUGAGCUAUCCGGCAUUCCUCCUGCUCCAAGAGGAGUGCCUCAGAUCAAUGUUUGCUUUGAUAUUGAUGCCAAUGGCAUCUUGAAUGUGGCCGCUGAGGAUAAGACCACCGGGCAGAAGAACAAGAUCACGAUCACCAAUGACAAGGGCAGGUUGAGCAAGGAGGAGAUCGAGAAGAUGGUCCAAGAGGCCGAGAAGUACAAGGCUGAGGAUGAGGAGCACAAAAAGAAGGUGGAGGCGAAGAAUGCCUUGGAGAACUAUGCCUACAAUAUGAGAAACACUGUUAGAGAUGAAAAGAUUGCCGCCAAGUUGCCACAGGCUGACAAGAAGAAAAUUGAGGAUGCUAUCGAGCAGGCCAUCAAUUGGCUGGAUGGCAACCAGCUAGCUGAGGCAGACGAGUUUGAAGACAAAAUGAAGGAGCUGGAGAGCAUAUGCAACCCAAUCAUUGCUAAGAUGUACCAGGGUGCGGGUGCAGACAUGGCUGGUGGCAUGGAUGAGGACAUUCCGGCAGCUGGUGGUGGCAGUGGUGCAGGGCCCAAGAUUGAGGAAGUUGAUUAAAAUGCUUUAGUAUAGCAUGUGUGUUUGGUGUUUGUUCACCUCUGUUCUCAGUUUCUCGGUUGUGGUGCUCUAGUGGUCGCAUGGUGUGUUUGGUGUCUUUGCAGUUCACCCAAAUUUUUAGUUUUCGUUUCCAUUUUUCUGGUGGCGCAUUGCAUCUGUGAUGAUUAUCUUAGUUUUUCCGUGAAUAUAAUGGAUUAGUCUUUCCAUGGAUAUAGGGAAGUUGUUCU